CUAGUGUUUUUACAUUGUCCACGCUCCAGAUGUCCAGUCUUGGGCGUGCAGGGGUUGUUGAUUCUCCCACAUCGGUUGUGGGAUGGGUGUUUGGAUUCCUUAUAUGGACUUGGGCAAUCCUCCCCUCAUGAACUAGCUUUUGGGGUUGAGUUAGGCCCAAGAUCCAUUUUUUUAUAAGUACAAUACUAUACAAUACCAAGCGCGUCUAACUGGAGGAUUUGUUAUAUGGAGGUCUGGGAGCGCUAUGGUGGUGUAUCGAGGAAGUAGCCAUGAGGGGUUUUCUUCAAGAUCUCAACCAGUAAAUGAGGAAGGGAGAAAUAGGAAUCAUCAAGGGCUAGCUGCUGCUAUAAUCAAGCUUUGGGAGAAGAGCUUAGUUGUGAAAAUGCAGUCAAACGUGGUAUUCAGAACACAAACAACAAGCUCAUGGCUGAUGAGUUAAAGGUUUGUUAGAAUGUUUGAUAUGAUUAUAUCCCUUCUGUUUAUGACAUACCUUCUUCGAGUCUUUGUGCAAUGCCAUUUGAAUUGGGAGUACUGGGUAGUGGGUACUAUUUAUCUUCCUUGCAGAGAAUUGCAGUUUCAUCUUUAAUUUGAGGAUGUUAAGGUUGUUAGUCAUAUCACAAGUUUCUUGUCUAAAACUAAAUAAUGUUAAGGAGUCCUUGAUAGCUCAACUUGUCAUAGCUCAUUAUUCCACCUUUGAGAUGGAAAUAUUGGCUCCUGUGGUCUCUUCUUCUCUCCUUCUGCAGGUGCUGUUUUAGUUCUAAAAAGAAGUAAAAGUUAAUUCUGCUUAUAAGUAAAAGUUAAUUCUGCUUAUAUGAAUUCGAAGACAAGAAAAUCAGAGAAUAUCUUAAAAUUUGAGAGACAUCUUUGGUUUUUCAUUCUGCCACUUCUAAAAUGCUUUAUUUAACCCAUUAAGUUGACUGCUCAAAAGAAAAAUCGCCUGAAAUAUUCAUGUUAUGCAUCAUAUGUGAUCUUGGGACUCAUUGUAAGCUUUUUACGCUAAUAAGUUUCAGUUAUCACCAUUAUUAAACUGUUUGAUGGUGCAUUAGGAUCCUUCCCAUUCCCGGGGGGGUUAUAACAUCACUGAGUGGCACCUAUUAAUUGCAUGCCCUUGAAUUGGAGAUAUGUCGAGUUUUAUUGCUAACAUGUGAGCUGCAUGACAGAUAUUAACUGGAGAGUUCUCCUUCUAAGAAACAAAUAUUACAUAAUCAUUCAUAGAGGAAAGGAUUUCCUCCCGCCUAGUGUUGCAGCUGCUUUAGCAGAAAGGCUAGAAAUAACAAAACAGAAGCAAGAUGAUGAAGAGAAAAAGCUUACUGGGCUUGCUGAAGUAGCCACAGCAGCACCGUUGGCUAUAGAAGGCCAUGCUGUUGCCGGUACUUUAGCAGAAUUUUAUGAGGCUCAAGCUCGGUGGGGGAGAGAAGUAGCUGCCGAAGAACAUGAAAGGAUGUUAAAUGAAGCGGCUAGAGCUAAGACGGCCCGAGUAGUUAAGCGGCUUGAACACCAACUUGGGAUUGGUGAUUUUGGUAAUGCGGACAUAAAUACUAGCAAUUUGGAGGAGCUCGGUCAGUUCAAUCGUGUCUCAGGAUUUUCACAAAGUGAAGAUGAAACUUCAUAUCUGGAGUCUGAUGAUGACGAGGACGAAGAUUCGGAAUGGGCAAAUGACGAAGAUUCGGAAUACUCCAGUGAUGAGGAUGAUGAAACAGGAUAACAACAUUUCAUGGCUAAUUGUUUAUGAGGAGCUGCAUUAUAUCAAAGGCUAGUCUAUUGAGGUGUUAAACCUACUCUAAAGACACGCUCAAAUUCUUUGAGCAUUUGCUGGCAAUAAGGGGUGUUCAUGGGUCGGUUUUGGGUUAAAACAAAAAUCAAACCAAUAUAGUCCGUUUUUAGAAUUAUUAAAAUCAAACCAAACCAAAUAUAAUA